UAGAAUGAAGGGUGGACUCACAGCGAGAGCAAUUGAUCUACUACUGAAGGAUUUCUGCCAUAGUAGGAUUCAGGUUAAGCAGAUUCUAGCGCAACUGAUCCUUCAAAACCUGCAUUCCAACACCUCCAUUGCUUUCCGAUUCAUCAUCGCAUGCCAAUCUCACAACCUUCUCAAUUCCGCUCUUCUCCUCUACACCACAUUCCUUCCCUCAAAUCACUACCCACACCCAAAUGUCUUCAUCUUCAACCACCUCAUCAGAGCCUUCUCCUACUCCCAAAUCCCUCAAACCCCUCUCUUUAUCUACUCCCGCAUGCACCGUAACUCCAUUCUCCCCGACCAUUACACCUUCCCUUCCCUCUUCAAGUCCCUCUCUGACUCUCGCCACUUCUUUCAAGCCCAAUGCGUUAAUACCCAUGUCAUCAAACUCGGUCAUCAGCAUAAUAUUUACGUACAAAACUCCCUUCUUGACGUGUUCGCUUCGUGUGGCCAUGUGGCACUUUGUCGACGCGUGUUUGAUGAAAUGCAUGAGAGGGAUGUUGUUUCGUGGAGUGUGUUGAUCACGGGGUACCGUAAUGUUGGGUGCUAUGAUGAUGCUUUGCUUGUGUUUGAGCAGAUGCAAUAUGCGGGUGUGGUGCCUAAUAGGGUCACUAUGAUAAAUGCUUUGGCUGCUUGUGCUAAAUCUGGAGCUGUUGAAAUGGGGACGUGGAUACAUGAUUUUGUGAGGAGGAAUGGAUGGGGAUUGGAUGUGGUACUGGGGACAGCGUUGAUUGAGAUGUAUGCAACGUGUGGAAGAGUGGAAGAGGGGUUGAGAGUUUUUUGUAGCAUGAAGGAAAGGAAUGUGUUUACUUGGAAUGCGGUUAUUAAAGGGCUGGCUUUGGCUAAGAGUGGGGACGAGGCGAUUAUGUGGUUUAAUAGAAUGGAGAAGGAGGGAGUUAGAGUUGAUGAAGUGACCUUGGUUGCUGUUCUUUCUGCGUGUAGUCACUCGGGUUUGGUGGAAAAGGGUCGAGAGAUUUUCGGUUUGUUGGUUGAUGGGAAGUAUGGAUUUUAUCCCAAUGUCAAACACUACGCUUGUAUGGUUGACAUGUUAGCACGUUCGGGUCGUUUGCAAGAGGCUAUUGAGUUCAUGGGACGAAUGCCUUUUGAAGCGACCAAAGUUAUGUGGGGUUCCUUGUUGGUUUGUUCCAAAGCUCAGGGUUACUUGGAAUUGGGGGAGUUGGCAGCUAGAAAGCUUAUUGAAUUGGAGCCGAAUAACCCUGCUUAUUAUGUUCAUUUGUCAAACCUGUAUGCGGCAAUGGGAAGAUGGAGCGAUGUUGAGAAAGUAAGGGGAAUGAUGAAAGAUAGACAAUUGAACAAGGACUUGGGCUGUAGUUCUGUGGAGGUUAAACACCGAGGGCAUGUUGGUGAACAUUUGGCAUAGUACUACCCUCUUA